AUGGCCGACGAACUUGCUGAGAGUUUGCGCCGCCUCGAAAUUGAGGGUGACGCGCCACCCCCUCCGUACUCUGUUUCUGCUUCUGCCGCUACAGAUGUCCCUUUGAUUGCGACCCCAACGCCGCUUCCGACCCGUGUAUUGCCGCGAAGCGCGGGUCGUGCUCCAGAUGCGCCUUCUGUUGCGACGACAGUCCAGCCGCCGCGCAAUGUACCGGCAACCGGCGGGGGUCGGGGGCGAUCCAAGCGAGGCUACGUCGUCUUCGUAGGCAAGCGAUCGGGCGUCUACACGACGUGGACGGCGUGCAAUGCGCAAGUCUACCGAGUGUCGCACAGCUUCCAUCAGAGCUAUCCGACGGACGUGAUUGGCUGGAGGAGGUGA